GCGGUUUCUAUCUCCUUAUACCUCCCGCACUCAAGCCGCGCGUUGCUAUCAUGCCCUUCUCACUUCUUUGCUGCGUUUCGGACAAAACCUUCGAUGCUGACGAGAAGCCUUCAUCACGCAACGGAUAUAGCGCCAGUUCCAAUAGUGCCAUCGCCACCGCUGGGCCAAGCUCUCCUACCGUCAAGACCCCGGCGUCGAAACCGAAGUCGAAAGGAAAGCCUGAGCCCUAUGCGGCCAACCGCGCCCAGGAACUGUUCGACGCCUACGCGGAUGAGGACGAUAAAGAAGUCAUCGGCGCGGAAGGUUUCGAGCGUUUGUGCAGCGAUGCGGGGCUGCCGCUGGACGGCGCCCUUCCGCUAGUAUUGUCUUGGCAGUUGGACGCUAGCGAUAUGGGGCAAAUUUCGAGAGAACAGUGGACCAAAGGCACGAGCGCGUUGCAGAUCUCAAAUCUACACGCUCUCACCACAUGUCUCACCGACUUGGAGAAUCUUUUGUUGCUGGAGCAAGAGCCCGUAAAGCGUGGAUCCAAAGGCGUGAACGUUCCGUACAACCGGGAGCAAUAUUUCAAGUACGCUGAUGACCGCAAAUCGGCAUUUGGGAAGCUUUACGCAUUCUGCUUCAUCUUGGCCAAACAAGGAGAGUCGAGGAAUAUCCAAAUGGACAUAGCCUCUGCAUUCUGGUCGGUUCUGCUCGCGCAGCGAUAUCCUUUGAUGAAGGAGCUGCUUGAGUUCAUAGCAGAAAAGGGGACAUACAAAUUCGUUACCAAGGAUAUGUGGAACAUGACAUGGGAAUUCGUCCAGCUUACUGAUCCCAACUUGGAGAACUAUGACGAGGCUGAGGCAUGGCCUACAUUGAUUGAUGAAUUUGUCGCCUGGAAGAAGGCAAAGGCUUCCACAUAACCAACUGCAUCUUUGGCACGAACUGCAUUGCUCCUCUCUAAUUUACUAGACCAAAUAAUUCUUUCCCACAUCGGACUCUGCAUCAUCGUUGUUUAAUAAACGCACGGAUUGCUCUCGUAUUCCAUUCGCAUGCUAUGUCCAUACACUUUCCCCAGCAAUGAUCAACCAAACCCGAUGGCA